AGAAGAAAAGAGUCAAACUUGCAGAUGAUCCUUCCAACAGAGAGAUGGUCCAGAGAGAUCUUCAUGAUCUCCCACUGGAUAUGCUGCUCGAAAUCCUAUCAAGACUCCCGAUCACCUCUCUGAUCCACUUCAAGACCACUUCCCAUGCCGGCUAUGAUUUAAUCGCCGAUCCUGGAUUCCCUCUGAUGUUCCGUAACCGGGUAAGUGACUCAAACCCAUGUCUGAUUCUCUUCAACCACAAUUGGGUUGGCUCCUGGCCUCGGAAACUCUAUUUUGUGGAUAUUGAGGAUUGUAGUCCAAGGGUUAGGAAAAUCGACCCACCACAGCAUUCCAAAGUUGAUAAUCUGGUGGGUUCUUGUAACGGGCUGUUAUGUUUAUCCUUAAUCGGUGGUUCAUCGGAGUCUUACAGUCUGCUAAUUUACAAUCCUUUUGUUGGAGACGCUGUGAGAGUCCCACCAGCGCACCGAUUUCUGAAUCAAAGUGAAGUUUUUUCAUUUGGGUUUCAUCCGAGGACAGGAGAAUUCAAAGUGGUCAGGAUUGUGUGGUACGAGAAGAUCAUGACGGUAGUACACCCGGCGCUAGAUGUGGAAGAAGUGGAAGAAGUGGAUGAAGGAUUCGCCACCGUUGAUGAAUCAAUGGUUCAGGUAUUUACCGUAGGAACAACAGAGUGGAGAUACAAAGGAGCUCCGCCUCCACAAUUGACGGAUGAAAUCGAACCACCUGAGGCUCUAGUUGAAGGAUCUCUCCAUUGGGUGGUUGUUGUUGGGAUGGGAGGAUUCGGUCUUAUCUUUGGUAUUAUCUCCUUCGAGCUUGCAGAUGAGGUGUUUGAUGAAAUUCCGCACCCACCUUGUCAACGAUUUGUGUCAAGCGGCUACAGUCUUUCCGUGCUCCAUGGAUGUCUAUCGGCAGCUGGGUUGGUUGAUGAUACUUUGCAUUUUGAUAUCUGGGUGAUGAAGCAACACCGUGUUAAGGAAUCUUGGGUAAAACAAUUCUCCUUUGAUCCCUAUUCUAUUGGUGGAUGGCCAGGCUUUUCCACAGUUGUAUGUGCACUGAAGAAUGGUGAGAUUCUGUUGCUGUAUAAUUGCAGUUGUCUGGUUUCUUUUGAUCCUGUAGAAAACAAAUUCAAGACUCUUCAAAUCAGUGGGUUACCCAUGCAUUUUCAGGCACUUCCUUUUCUACCUUCUCUUUUCUUAGCAAAGGCAACCAUGAAUUUACAACUUUAAAUCUCUCUCUUGAGUCAACCCUUUUUCUUUAAGACUUGGUUAAAUACCCUUUUUGGUCCUCUACUAUAGGAAAAAGCCCCUUUUUGGUCCCUGUACCGAAAAAAUCCCUUUUUUGGUCCUUACUGUUUACAAAUCCGGCCCCUUUUUAGUCCCUCCGUUAAAAUUUUGCUGACUUGUCACGUUAAUUAACGGAAUUAUUUCAUUAUUUUUUAUAUAAAUAAUAUUAUAAAUGACAUGGAAAUUA